GUCUGUCUGUGCGUCUGUCUAUGUGUUGUUUUGUGUGCAUGUUGAGGCUGAGUGGAAGUGGAGGAACGUGUGCUCAGGUCCUUUUAACAAAGAACCUGGACACUUCGUGUGUGUGUGUGAGAGAGAGUGCAUGUUGUAAUAUGACACAUUUAGAUACUACCUUUCAUCAUUUGCACUUAUGAAAAAGAGCUAUUUAUGUUUAUUUAUCUGAGCCAUUCUCUUCUGCCAAGGCAUUAUCUGAAGCAGGCGCGGUGUGGCUUUGUUGUUUUGUAAAAGAGGAGGAAAACAAACAGGACUUUCUGCCUGUUUCUUGUCUAUUUAGUUAGCUAGAUAUAGUUUAUUUUACUUGAGCGAAGAUGUCCACUGACUGCCAGAAGACCACUGCCAAGGCCAUCCCGUCGACCAAGAGGGUGACCAUCAGCGACGCGGAGCACAUGCCCCACGACUACUCCACUACUCCCGGGGGGACUCUGUUCAGCACGACCCCGGGUGGUACCAGGAUCAUCUAUGACCGAAAGUUCCUGCUGGGGUGUCGCAGCUCUCCAGUGGCCAAGACUCCUCCACGAGGUCUGCCUGACAUUCCAGGGGUGACCAGUCCUCCGUCCAAAGACACCAUUGAGAAGGCUCGUAAAGGAGAAUUACUGAACAACAACAACAACAUCACCGCACCUGAUAGCAACGACACUGGUGAGGAUGCACAGUUUGAAAUGGAUAUCUAGGUGGUGCCGGAACAAGUAUUAAGAUGUCAGACUUACCAACAAGAUGCUGUGAAGGGAGGCUCAGAAGUACCUUCUCUUUUCCCAUCAUCCAUUCCAUGAAGACGAAGGUUCGCCUUCAAUAUCUCCGGUGUCUUUAAGUCUGUCUUUGUCAAUCUACUUUGCUUGUUUUGUACAGAACAAAUCUGUAUUGAAACGUUUUCUGUCGGCCUCAAGGCUCAAAAAUGAAUCCUGUGUCAUAAAGUGUGCCUUCCUGUAGUGGCUACAAGUUAAAAAUUAACACUGAGAAGUACUUCACACCAACAAAGCCUCAUCCCUAAGAAUCGGGGUAAAUGAAUGAAAAAUGAAGAUCAAAGGGGGGAAAAAAAUCAAUUUGCUGAUUUUUUUAUAACCAUUCCAGAAGGAUUGGCCUCUCAGUGUGCGUUUAUUUCCACACAUUUCCUGACACCUCUCCUCAGAUAUUGCCUUGAAAUGUUCAAGAUACUGUAUAAUUUUUGACUGUACUCUUAAAAACGAGUUCUUGACCUUCAUACAGAGAAUGUAGAACAUAAUUUUGUUGAAUUUUGAAACGGAUUUUCACACGGUUUGUAGGGUGACAAAAAACAUUAAAGAAAACACCAUUAAAACAAA